AUGGACCUCAGCUCUUCCCCAAUCCUUUCCAGUGCCGGUAAGUCUCCCUCCGCCACUGAGACCCAGCGCUCAGUGUGCAGUGAAAUAUGUAUGCCUGGGUACAGAAAAUCCUACAGACAAUCCCAAAGCUCCUGUUGUUACGAUUGUGUCCCUUGUCCAGAAGGUGAAAUAACCAAUGACACAGAUAUGGAAACAUGUACAACGUGUCCACACCGUCUAUGGCCUAAUGAGAAGAAAGACACAUGUAUCCCUAAACUCAUAACAUAUCUCUCCUAUGAAGAUCUACUUGGUGAAUCUCUGGCUGUGGCAUCAGUGUUAUUAUUUCUUCUUACUUGUUUGGUUACAACUAUUCUCAUAAAACACCGAAAUACCCCAGUUGUGAAAGCCAACAACCGAGAUCUCAGCUUCAUUCUUCUCGUCUCUCUAAAGUUGUGUUUUUUAUGUUCACUUUUUUUUAUUGGUUACCCACACAAAUUAACUUGUAUUCUAAGACAAACAGUGUUUGGAAUAACUUUCUCCAUCUCUGUCUCAUCCAUUUUGGCCAAAACGGUGACAGUAAUUAUUGCUUUCAAUGCCACUAAGCCAAGAAGCAAGUUAAAGAGCUGGGUGGGAUCCAGAUCUUCUAACUCCGUUCUACUGUGUUGUUCCUUGAUCCAAGUAAUAAUAUGUUGUGCAUGGUUAGGAGUUUCUCCUCCUUUCCCACAUGAAAAUAUGGAAGAUGAAGUUGGGACGAUAGUAGCUGAAUGUAAUGAUGGGUCACAGAUUGGAUUUUAUAGUGUGCUGGGUUACAUGGGAUUUCUGGCCUUUGUUAGUUUCUUUAUAGCUUUUUUAGCUCGGAACCUUCCUGAUAUGUUCAACGAAGCCAGGUUUAUCACAUUCAGCAUGUUAGUAUUCCUCAGUGUGUGGAUCUCCUUUAUCCCAGCCUAUCUGAGCACCAAAGGGAAGUACGUUGUGGCUGUGGAGAUAUUUGCAAUCCUGACAUCUAGCACUGGGUUGCUGGGGUGUAUAUUUAUUCCCAAGUGCGUUGUUAUAGUUAUUAGACCAGAAAAAAACACUAGGGCAUUCAUGAUGAAAAAUAAUACUUAG